AUGGGACGCCCAACUAGUGUUAAAGACGUUGAUCAAACUGAGGUCGUUCAGAAGAUCGCUGACUUCCUGAAGAAAUCCGGCAAAGUCAAGGUCCCCGAAUGGGCCGAUCUCGUCAAGCUCGCUUCCCACAAGGAAUUGGCUCCAGUUGACCCUGACUGGUACUUCACCCGCACUGCUUCCAUUGCUCGUCGUCUCUACAUCCGCAACCCCGCUGGUGAGUUGUUUUUGAUGUUCUUGUUGAUGAUUUUUAGGGGAGCUGAUUUGAGGAGGUAUAUUUCUGAAUUAGAAAGUGAAUUAGCGCAGCGGUUUGUGAUUUGACAUGCUGCUGGGAAGAUUUCUUUGAGAUAUUUUCUUACUAGUCAGGUCAUGCUCAACUUUUUUUUAUAUUCGUAAAAUAAGUGAUCUUUUGAAGACUUUUGUUGCUCACGUGUACUUAUUUUUGAACUAUAGACUCAAAAUUGAUGGUUUAUUUUGGACGUUUGACUAAAAUUUAUAUUACAAAAGAUCAUGCAUCUAAUUUGCUUAUUGUCUCAAUUUCCAGGUGUUGGAGCUCUCCGCAAAGUCUAUGGAGGAAACAAGCGCCGUGGCAGCCGUCCCAACCACUUCAACCGUGCCUCCGGAUCCGUUUUGAGAAAGGCCCUCCAGACUUUGGAAGGAAUCAAAUGGGUGGAGAAACACGCCUCCGGUGGCCGCGUUCUCUCCAAACAAGGCCGACAAGAUCUGGACCGUAUUGCCUCUCAAAUCGUCAACGGAGAUAAGCAGUAA